AUGGAGUCCAGAGAAAUUCUCUGGGUGAGCGAAGCUCUGGAAAUGAAACUAGAACCUAAAUCAAGAAGCUUGCUUUGCUGGAAGGCAUCUAAAGUGACUCGUCAGAAGGCAGAAGAAGAGGAGGAGGAGAGGGAGAGGGAAAGGGGAGGGGAAGACUUGUUUAUGUUGCAGGAUGUGAAGCAAGUGGUAAGGACUGAUGCAGGGGACAUGAAGUUGGUGAGGGGUGGUGGUAUUGGAGGAGGAGGAGGUUGGAUGGUAGAAAGGGCUAUGCAUGUUGGGUUCAUAACAAUGGAACCCAAGUCUCUCUUCAUCCCUCGGUAUCUUGAUUCCAAUUUGAUCAUCUUCGUUCGCAGAGGGGAUGCAAAAGUUGGAUCAAUCUACAAAGAUGAUUUUGUCGAGAAGCGAUUGAAGAGUGGAGAUGUGUAUAGAAUUGCAGCUGGUUCAGCAUUCUAUUUGGUUAACAUCGGCGAGGGCCAAAGACUUCAUAUCAUUUGCAGCCUCGACAAGGCCGAGAGCUUGGGAUGGGGCACCGUCCAGUCUUUCUACAUCGGUGGAGGAACUAAUCCGCAAUCUAUCCUUGCUGGGUUCGAUCCCCUGACCUUGUCAACUGCAUUCAAUGUCUCUACAUCAGAGCUGAGGGAGAUCAUGACAAGCCAAAAAUCCGGCCCAAUCGUAUACUUGUCGGAUUCGCACUCGCCAAGUACAUGGUCACAAUUCUUGCAACUGAAAACGCAUGAGAGACAACACCACCUAAAGAAAAUGAUGUACUUCCAAGAACAAGCCACUAAAGAAGAGGAAGAAGAAACAUGGUCAUUGAGGAAGUUCUUGAAUUCCGUGUUUAGAACCGAAUCCAAUGGUGAAGACAACAAGGGACCCAAGUCGCCGGACUCCUAUAACCUCUUCGACAGGAAGCCGGACUUCGAGAACAGGUAUGGCUCCAGCAUGGCCAUCGAUGAGUCCGAUUAUUCGCCUCUCCGCCACUCCGGCAUUGGUCUUUAUCUAGUCAACCUCACAGCGGGAUCGAUGAUGGCGCCACAUGUUAAUCCAAGUGCGACGGAGUACGGGGUGGUGUUGAGAGGAACUGGUACUAUUCAGGUAGUGUUUCCUAACGGAACCUCAGCCAUGAAUGCAAAAGUGAGUGAAGGCGACGUGUUCUGGAUUCCACGGUACUUCCCGUUCUGCCAGAUAGCGUCUCGGACCGGCCCCUUUGAGUUCUUUGGAUUCUCCACGUCGUCACAGAAGAACCGGCCUCAGUUCCUUGUGGGUGCAAACUCAAUUAUGAAGAGCAUGAGGUCUCCCGCGCUUGCGGCCUCGUUCGGUCUGACCGAGGAGCAGUUUUCAAAACUCAAUGAUGCUCAGCACGAGGGUGUCAUACUGCCCUCGGCUUCUGCAGCACCACCUGACAUGCAAAUGCGGGUAGAGGACAAGGAGGUGACGAAGGCGGAGGAGAUGCCGAGGGUGAUUAGGAGCUUUGAUAAUAAAAUGAUUAUGGGUUUUGAUUAG